ACUAGUAGGUAGGACCAUGGAUGCGGAGGAGGAAGCGUCGGCGAGCAUGGCGGAGGAAGACGAGGAAGAGGAGGACGCCGGCAGCGUGGCUCUCGGCCCCCAGGUUCCCCUCAAGGACCACCUCCAGCUCCUCAAGGAGGGGGAGGACGACAGCCUGAGGAGAUGGAAGGAGCAGCUCCUCGGAGACGUCGACACCACCAAGCUCGGAGAGAGUGCAGAACCGGAGGUGACCGUCCUGAACCUGACCAUCUUGGCGCCGGGGAGGCCGGACCUGCUCCUGCCGAUCCCGUUCACCAACGACAGCAGCAGGGCCUUCACGCUCAAGGACGGCAGUCCCUACAGCUUCCGCUUCUCCUUCACCGUAGCCAACAACAUCGUGUCCGGCCUCAAGUACUCGCACACCGUCUGGAAGGCCGGCGUAAGAGUGGAGAAUCAGAAGGUGAUGCUCGGGACCUUCGGCCCUCGGCAGGAGCUGUACACCUACGACGCCGAGGAAGACACCACCCCGAGCGGCAUCUUUGCGAGGGGAUCUUAUUCUGCUAAACUCAAGUUCGUGGACGAUGACGGGAAGGUGUACUUGGACAUGAGGUACGGCUUUGAGAUCAGGAAGGACUGGGGAGGAGUAGUCUAAUUAACAAGAGUCGGUAGUAGGGAGAUGUCGCUGCUUUAGUCUGCUAGGUACAUGUAUGACUGGAUGGCGAUCAUUUGAAGUGAUCUUGAUGGCCUUGAGUGAACUGAAUCUGCAGCCCCUUUGGCCUUUUGAAUGGUCACUUGCUUCUCUCUGAAUUUGCAUGUU